AUGGGUAUAGUUGAAGAUAUUGAAAAAUAUGUACCACCUGCAAACUGGGAUGGAAAUGGUGAUUAUCGCUCAGUUUUUCAUCAAGGGUUUAUGAACUAUUUUAGGCAUUUAGAAUUCAUAGCUCUUAUUCCAUAUAUUUUAAUAAUUAUUCUUCAAAGAUUGACUGCAAAAGAUUAAAAAAAUGUAGAUAGAAGCGAUUAACAAUUUAAAUAAAAUUAACAAUAAUAAUAAAGCUCUAAUAAUCAUAUACUUCCUUAUUAGUAGCUUUAAUCAAGUAACAAUCUAAAUGCUUCAAUCAUACAAGGUAGUACAGUUAACUUUGAUUAAAGUAGUUAAUAAAAUGCAAAAUAAGUUGGAUUUUUGCUUGAAUUUUUAGGAUUGAUUUCUUUGUGGGUAUUAAUUGGAUUAUUCACAUUUUAAUUUGGUCUAACUUAUGGCUAUAAAAUAAUUAACAUAGAAACUGCAAACUAUAUUAAUGGAGGCUUUGUAAUUUUAGGAUUGAUUUUGUAAAACAAAUUAAAUAUUGGAUAAAGAAGAUACCUUAAAGUGAUAUUUACUGUUGUUGGUUUCGGUUUGGCUAUUUUACCAUAAAUUCUUACUGAGAAUCUUUGUAUGUGCGUUUUUAAUGUGUAUGGAUACCAAGUUGGAGACUUCUUCUUUUCAUCAAAAUUUACUCGCUAUUACUAAAUUCAAAAAGAAAAAAUUUGCCCUGAUAAUCAUCUAUGUCACUUCUAUGCCACCCUACCUGAGACAAGUUAUGAUUCUGUUUUUUUUAACAUUCAUACAGGAUUGAACAUUACUGAUGUUGAUUUAAUUUUAUAACCUUUUAAUGACUAAGGAAACUUACUUGAGUAAACAUUUGAAAUUACAGCUUAAAUGUAAGAGAGUAUUAAGAUUGAAGAAAAGGGUGAUAGAAAUGUAUUUGUUGGGUUAUAUACAGAUUUAUAGCCAAAUACUAAAUACCAAGUUACAGUUUUAAAUAAAUAAACACAGGCAAUACUGAAAUAAUCUACUUACAAAACAUUACCUUCACCACAAUAAAAGAAUGUUUAAGUAAAAAUUGCUUUUGGAGGAGACUGGAGCAGAGAAGGAAAUGGAGACCAAUUAACUUCUAAGUUAAUAUAAAUGGAACCUGAUGUUAUUAUGCUUGGUGGAGAUGUAGGUUACGAUAAUGGAUUUAAGGAAUGUUACUAUUCAUGGGAUAUAUUUUAUGAUUCAUUUGAAUAGAACGUUUUUGAAAAGAUAGGAAGAGUUAUUCCUUUAAUUUUUGCUAUUGGGAAUCAUGAUGCUGGGUGGAAUGCUUUAGGUUAGUAUAACACAACAGUAAAUGCUGAGCAAGGACCUCUCUAUUUUACAUGGGCUCCAUAAUAAUUUGGUCAGAAUAAAACAAUACCAAAAUAUAACGAAAGAUCUUCUCUAAACUACCAUAUUAUCAGAAACACAAUCCACUUUUCUCUUGAUAGUGGGUACUUCCAUACUUUCUCAGGCUAUUAAAAUGACUGGAUGAAAUAAACACUCUCAAACUACUCAGAAUUUUAUAAAUUUGCUCAUUAUCAUGUUCCUAUUUAUCCUGUCUGCUUGAAUCCUAAAUCUAAAUUCAACAAAGCCUAAACAAAUAUUGACAUGAAAAAUUAUUGGGUUCCUUUGUUUGAUUAGUAUAAAUUUGUAGGAGUCUUUGAAAAUCAUGUACACAUGUUCAAAAGGACCUUCCCAUUAAAAAAUAACACAAUUUCAGAAAAUGGUACAGUUUAUUUUGGAGAUGGUGCAUGGGGAGUUCCAACUGAUGAAUCUUGUCCUCCAGACUAGUUCACUAACUCAACACUUGGAGGUAUAUUUGAGAAAGCUCAUACUGCAAAAAACGCCGAUCAUGUAUGGAUCCUAAAUCUUAAUGAAAACGAAGCUAUAUACGAUGCUUUUACUCAAGACGAUUCUAUAUACUUCGAAAGAGGAUAUACUCAAACUCUAUCAAAUUAUAACAUGAAUUGA